UCAGUGCAGUGGGCGGUCAAGCACACUACCGAGGACUGCUCACUCCUUCAGUAUUCCAUCAAGAUGUAUAACCAAACUGAAAAUUCCGUCUAUGAUGCACACUUUGCACCUUUCAAAUCGGGGAGCCCGAGUGAGGUGGAGAUGCUGGGCGCGGGGCUGACAGGGGACGACCUCGCUGCAGUGCCAGAGCACUGGCUCUCGUUCCCCGCACCUCCGGCAAGUGCCCACACAGCGCUGGCUUUGCUCUACACGUUCUUCACUGCUGCUGCUCUUUUAGGAAACGGCCUGGUUAUUUUCAUAUUCUCUACAACAAAGAGCUUAAGGACUUCCAGCAAUCUUUUAAUUUUACAAUUAGCCAUUUUAGACUUUAUAAUGAUGGCAAAAGCCCCAAUAUUUAUAUACAACAGUGCAAUGCGAGGCUUUGCCACUGGGACCGUGGGUUGUCAAAUAUUCGCGUUGAUGGGCGCGUACAGCGGUAUUGGUGCUGGCAUGACUAAUGCAUGCAUUGCCUACGACAGGCAUUCAACAAUCACUCGACCCUUAGACGGGCGACUGUCACGCGGAAAAGUUCUGCUGAUGAUGGCAUUCGUCUGGAUAUACAGCACGCCAUGGGCUCUGCUACCACUGUUCAAAAUAUGGGGAAGAUAUGUACCUGAGGGUUAUUUAACGUCCUGUACUUUCGACUACUUAACCAACACAUUCGACACAAAAUUAUUCGUGGCCUGCAUUUUUACCUGCAGCUACGUGUUCCCUAUGUCAAUGAUCAUCUAUUUUUACAGCGGUAUUGUAAAGCAGGUGUUUGCGCAUGAAGCUGCAUUAAGAGAACAAGCCAAGAAGAUGAAUGUCGAGUCGCUUAGAGCCAACCAGAGCUCAGGCGCAGAAUCAGCUGAAAUCCGAAUAGCCAAGGCGGCGCUUACCGUGUGCUUCCUGUUUGUGGCGUCGUGGACUCCUUACGGCGUGAUGGCUCUUAUAGGAGCUUUUGGGGACCAACAACUUCUCACACCCGGGGUUACCAUGAUUCCCGCCGUAGCUUGCAAAGCUGUCGCCUGUAUAGAUCCCUGGGUUUAUGCAAUCAGUCAUCCGAAAUACAGACAAGAACUGCAGCGUCGCAUGCCUUGGUUGCAAAUUCAAGAACCUGACGAUACAGUUUCUACCGCAACCAGCAACACCAAUGCACCACCUGCAGCGCCUGCAUAGGCUCACUUGCCUCUUUUUCUAAUUAUUUAAGCUCAAAUUCACUACGAACUGCUAUUAAAAAAGUUAGGACAAACCGUUUUUAUCGUGUUGAUGGUAAAUGGUUCCCUAAAUUGCUGACUAACGCAAUAAAAUUUGAAUAAUUCUAAGUUAGUUGUAGCCUAAAAUAAUCGCUCCCAACAAGGUAUUGACAGAUUUCAGCAGACCUAAAGGCACAUAUUAUGUUCUAUAUGAAUAUACUUACAC